CGCUGUAUGUAUUUUGUAAACACUGUUCUUUCGCUGCAGUUCGGCACUAGACCGCCCAAAGAAGGCUAGUUAAUAGGUAAAAAUGUUUUCGAAUAAGCUAAUCUUCAUUUUGCAAGUGUUACACGUCUGUUGCGGGAACUGGGUAAGUGCCUCAGAGUGGAUGUCUCAAGUGCAAGAUGAAUUUGGAUCAGUUAAAGACAUAAACGCUCGCAUGAAUUACGACGCGGACCUAAAACAGUACGAAGACCAAGAGCUCCAAAUUCCCACUGAAGAGCUCCCAAAACUAUCAAAAGUCAACGAGAGCAACGAAGGACUGGGUAGCUACGUGUCUACUCCCACGCUUCAGACAAAGCUAGAAGCAGCUCUGAGCGUUGCGAGGGAACUGCUAGCGAAGUUGAAAGAGAAAAUAGCUUUGGUGAGCGAACGGGAAACUACGCUGAAGGAGAAUAUUGCUACAGGAAGGUCCGGAGUAUCAGUGGUGACAGUCCAUACGCUAGCCGGAUCACCGCGUUCAUACCUCAUCCGCGAUGGCGCCUGGACGAGCUGCCAGGGGCUGCUGCAACUGUCGUACGGCAAAGGGGGGCCCUCGUGCGUCGGCGUUGAGACCCCGACGAAGCCAGACCCAUGCGUGUUCAACUCGGUUACCAAGUACGAGACGAUCCCGCUACGACGACGGGCCGAGUACAUGGAAGACGACUUUCUGUGCCUGAAGAGCGGCUUCAACACCACGCUGGAACGGUACCUGACCGUGCCUAGAACUGUUGUCAACGACACUUGCAAAAACGGUGUAGUACGAAGUCUAGAAGACAACGUGCAAGAAUGCGGAGUGCGCGUACUAUCGGAGUACGUGUACUACCCCGGGGCGGCGCGCGGCCCGCGCGAGUACUGCGACUCGGACCCGCCGGCCUGCCGCCUGCUCGCCGCCUGGCAUCUCUCCAACACCACCAUCGAGCACUUCGAGUUCCUGAAGGACGACCCCGCGUUUAAAGCGUUCUUUAUUAAGAGCCAGUGAAUAGAAAUAAAUUUUGUA